CGGAUGCAGCUUGGUGCUCUGGUGGCGGAGCGCCGAGGAAAUGGCCACGGGGACAGACCAGGUGGUGGGACUCGGCCUCGUCGCCAUUAGCUUGAUCAUCUUCACCUACUACACGGCCUGGGUGAUUCUCUUGCCAUUCAUCGACAGCCAGCAUGUCAUCCACAAGUAUUUCCUGCCCCGGGCCUAUGCUGUCAUCAUCCCGCUGGUGGUAGGCCUCCUGUUGCUCCUGUUUGUGGGGUUGUUCAUCACCUACGUGAUGCUGAAGAACCAGAGGGUGACCAAGAAAGCUCAGUGAAGGCCCAGCAGGGAUGAGGCUGCCAGCGCCUUCUCAGCCUCCUCUCCAGGACAGGGACCAAGGGUGGGAGCCCACAGGACUGGUCCAGGCACUGUGGCGCCCUCCAGCCUGGCUGCCCUCCGGACAUCCCUGUGGGAUGGAGCUGUUCAGGACUCACCCCUGACUGACCGGAGCCCUGCUCCUCCCCUGGUCACCCUUCCAGAAGCCAGGAGGGAGGAGCACCCGGGAGACGUCUCACCCCCUCUGGCUUGGGCAUGAGAGAUGCUGGUUCUCCCUACCUCACCGUCAGACUUCCCGUCACUUUUUCCUCUGGGUUCUACCAUCUUGCCUCAGCUUCCCUCCUUUCACAUGCUGAUACUGGACUUGGCAGGUUCUGAGGCGGCACAUGGCCUUUCUGACCUCUCCCCACAAGUCCUGCUCCUCUACGAAGGCUGCUUCCUUGGCCUGACACAGCCCCAGACCCCACGAGGACUUCUGGACCCGGAAAGCCUAGGAGGACUGACAGACCCCAGAGCCGCCACCACGUCUCGGCACACAGGGCAGCCACGUCGGCCUCCUGGCCAGCCAUUCCUCGUGGAGGCCCAGGCCCAGCCCCAGGGCUGGCCUGUGUGGGGAGCUUACC